AUGGCUUCACGGUCCUUCUCCGCUGUAUUCGUCGCCCUCUGUGCCUUUCAGGACAUCAAGUUCGUGACGGGCAACGCCACUGACUGCGACACUGAGUGCGCGACAACUUACCCUGGGUCAUAUUGUAAGUAUUGGAAGACGCCAAGCACUUGCUUCGGCUCGGAUGCAUCAUGCUUCUGCGGCACGAGUGAACCGACUGAAGCUCUCCGAGGUUCCACAUCCUCUGCUGCAGUGACGGAUGAGAUUACUGAGGCCGCUACAAGCGAAGGAGGUACGACAGCAGCUCCCGAAGCAACGAGUACGACUGGUUCUGAAGCUACUGACGAACCCACAGUAGCGGCCAGUACAGCUGUUAUGACCGAUGAGGUGGCUGUCACUUCUGCACCUCCUGUGACUGGCGAAGUGACCAUCAGCACGGCAGCUGGAGAAGCUCCCGGUAGAGACAAGGAGGAUUCUGAUGCUACCACCCAGGUCGCUACGGAGGCUGCGACUGUCACGACUACGAUCGAUGCUCCUGUUGAGCCUACUACUAUCACGUCCCCUCUACCGGUCAGUACAUCCGCUGUGACCGAUGAGGUCGCUGUCACUACUGCAGCUUCUGUGACUGGCGAG